GGUUUCAAGAUGCUGCAAGGAUAUAAGACCCACCUGGGCAGGCUGGGGCUCAGCCUCCCCAGACAUCUUCGCCAUAAGGCUGUGAUGGCCCUCAGGCGGGAGGAUGUGAAUGCCUGGGAGAGGAGAGCACCUCUCGCUCCAAAGCACAUCAAAGAGAUCACCAACCUGGGAUACAAGGUCUUGAUACAGCCUUCAAACCGGCGGGCCAUUCAUGAUAAGGAAUAUGUCAAAGCUGGCGGAAUUCUCCAGGAGGAUAUUUCGGAAGCUUGCUUGAUUUUGGGAGUUAAAAGACCUCCAGAGGAAAAGUUAAUACCCAAGAAGACUUACGCGUUUUUCUCUCACACAAUAAAAGCUCAGGAGGCCAAUAUGAACUUGCUGGAUGAGAUUCUGAAACAGGAAAUCCGACUUGUUGAUUACGAGAAGAUGGUGGAUCACAGAGGCACCCGGGUCGUGGCAUUUGGACAGUGGGCAGGAGUGGCGGGGAUGAUCAACAUUUUGCACGGACUGGGUUUAAGGCUCCUUGCUUUGGGACAUCACACUCCUUUUAUGCACAUUGGUAUGGCUCACAACUACAGGAACAGCAGUCAGGCUGUGCAAGCUGUCCGUGAUGCUGGCUAUGAAAUAUCUCUGGGUUUGAUGCCAAGGUCAAUAGGCCCCCUAACGUUUGUGUUCACAGGGACUGGAAAUGUGUCUAAGGGAGCCCAAGAAAUUUUUAAUGAACUACCCUGUGAAUAUGUGGAGCCCCAUGAAUUAAAAGAAGUUUCCCAAACUGGAGACCUCAGAAAAGUGUAUGGGACAGUGUUGAGUCGUCAUCACCAUCUUGUCAGGAAGACAGAUGGCGUGUACGAUCCCGUGGAGUACGACAAGCAUCCCGAGCGGUACAUAAGUCGCUUUAACACUGAUAUCGCACCUUAUACAACUUGUUUAAUUAAUGGGAUCUACUGGGAACAAAACACCCCUCGCCUACUAACCCGCCAAGAUGCUCAGAAUCUCCUAGCCUCAGGCAAGUUCUCAGUGGCUGGAGUUGAAGGCUGCCCCUCAUUACCACACAAACUCGUGGCAAUAUGCGACAUUUCAGCAGACACAGGAGGGUCGAUCGAGUUUAUGACCGAGUGUACUACCAUAGAGCACCCCUUCUGCAUGUACGACGCUGACCAGCACAUUAUCCACGACAGUGUUGAAGGUUCUGGAAUUCUGAUGUGUUCCAUUGACAAUCUGCCGGCACAACUUCCCAUCGAAGCUACGGAAUACUUUGGAGAUAUGCUUUAUCCUUAUGUUGAAGAAAUGUUAUUGUCAGAUGCAACACAGCCUCUUGAAAGCCAGAAUUUUUCUCCUGUGGUGCGAGAUGCAGUGAUUACAUCCAAUGGUACAUUGACUGAUAAAUAUAAAUAUAUCCAGAAACUCCGAGAGGGCAAAGAACGUGUUCAGUCACUUGCAAUGGGCUCCAAGAAAAAGGUCUUGAUUCUUGGAUCUGGCUAUGUAUCUGAGCCUGUUUUAGAAUACCUGUCAAGGGAUGACAACAUAGAAAUCACAGUGGGCUCUGACAUGAAGAAUCAAAUUGAACAAUUGGGCAAGAAAUAUAAGAUUAAUCCAGUUAGCAUGAACAUUGGUAAACAAGAAGAGAAGUUGGUUUCCUUAGUGGCGGCACAGGACCUUGUCAUCAGCUUGUUACCUUACGUGCUGCAUCCUCUUGUGGCCAAGGCGUGCAUCACAACCAAAGUGAACAUGGUCACCGCCAGCUAUAUCACACCAGAAAUGAAAGAAUUGGAAAAAAGAGUGCAAGAUGCUGGAAUCACAGUCAUCGGUGAGUUAGGUCUGGAUCCUGGCCUUGAUCAUAUGCUGGCAAUGGAAACGAUAGACAAAGCCAAGGAAAUGGGAGCCACGAUUGAAUCUUAUGUUUCUUACUGUGGUGGGCUUCCAGCCCCUGAAUAUUCAGAUAACCCUUUGAGGUAUAAAUUCAGCUGGAACCCGACAGGAGUUUUGAUGAAUGUAAUGCAGCCUGCCACCUACCUGCUCAAUGGAAAGGUUAUGAACGUAGCUGGGGGAGUGUCCUUUCUUGAUGCAGUUACUACCAUGGAUUACUUCCCAGGAUUAAACUUAGAAGGCUACCCUAAUAGAGACAGCACAAAAUACAUGGACAUUUACGGCAUUGCAUCUGCCCACACUGUGUUGCGAGGGACACUGAGAUACAAGGGGUAUUCCAAGGUCCUGAAUGGAUUUGUGAAAUUGGGUCUUAUAAACAGAGAAGCUUAUCCUGCCCUUCAACGUGAGGCCGGUCCUCUCUCCUGGAAAGAACUCCUCUGUGAUCUAGUGGACAUUUCACCCUCCUCUAAGUACGAUGAACUAAAAGCAGCUGUCCUUAAGAAAUUAGGAGGGGACAGUACGCAAAUGGAGGCAGCUGAACGGUUGGGCUUGCUCGGGGAUGAACAAGUCCCUCGUGCGGAGUCCAUUGUGGAUGCGCUGUCCAAGCAUUUGGCAACGAAACUCUCCUUUGGCCCUGAAGAAAAAGAUAUGAUUGUGGUGAGAAACACAUUUGGAAUAAGACAUCCUUCUGGACAUUUAGAAAAUAAGACUAUUGAUCUUGUGGCUUAUGGAGACAUCAAUGGCUUUUCGGCCAUGGCUAAAACUGUGGGGUUACCCACUGCCAUUGCAGCUAAAAUGUUGCUUACUGGUGAAAUUGAAGCCAAAGGCCUGAUAGGACCCUUUUCAAAAGAGAUCUACGGACCAGUACUGGAGCGCAUCAGAGCAGAGGGCAUUAUGUAUACUGCACAGAGCAAAAUCAAUCCAUGAUUGGGAAUUAUGUUUUCUUUUUUUAUUGAUUUUCUCAGCAACAUAGCUCUAAACAAUUGUGUGACAAAAUUGCCUUUAUAUAAUGUGCUACUUUAUAAGGUAUAAAGCACAAUGUAUUUUGACAAAGUUAAUAUAAUUGUCUUUUUUAAACAUGAAGCGUUAUUUUAAUAUGAAAAUGUUUAAAACAGGAGGUGCCAAUAAUUACUGAAAACUUAAAUAAUUCCACUAUAUAUUUUUCAUACAAAAGUAGUAAUGACCAUGCUAUUUGUCAAUUCGUUGUACCACUUUUUCUUACAAGCAAAUAUUUUCUAAGGUCCGAGGUGCAGUUAGAAGAACGUCCUCAAGUAGCCGUACUUUG